AUGGCACGCCUCCCGAGAGGCCCGCGCGGCUGCCCCGAGCCGGGGCCCACCCCGCUGCCGGCAGAGGCACGAUCGUCCUUCCUGUCCCGGAGAGCUGGCCUGACAUCCUCUGGCUCCCGGUACUCAGGGUACGGGCCGGUGACGUUUGGGGUCGUCUGCUUCCCGGGGUGGAAUGUUCAGGUCCCGACGCCUCCCUCUGCCCUCACGCAGGGCUUGAGCAGCACCCUGUUGUUUCAGGAGUCAGUGACCUUUGAGGAUGUGGCUGUAUACUUCACCCAGAACCAAUGGGCGAGCUUGGACCCUGUGCAGAGGGCCCUGUACAGGGAGGUGAUGCUGGAGAAUUAUGCAAAUGUAACUUCCUUGGCAGUAUCUCCAUUCCCUAAACCAGAUGUGAUAUUCCAGCUGGAGCGAGGGGAAGCACCACGGGGCCUGGAUCCCUGGACCCCUGUCAGGGGAGAGGCCCUGAGAGCUGUCUGCACAGGUGGUAAAAGCAAGACUGAGAAUGCAGAGCAGACUCCAAAGCUGAACAUUUCUGAAGAAGCAGAGUUGCACAGACUGAUGGCAGAAGGGCUACUGAUGGGUGCUUCCCAGCACCCUCACAGUAAGGACAGCUUGGAGAAGCUGCAGCUGUGUGGCACAGGGAGGAAAACAAACUCAAAAAAAGGAGGCUUCACAGACUUGACAGUCCAGGAUCAUAAAUCCUCCACCAUGGAAAGAGCCAGGAAAUUGGAAGGAAGCAGUGGUGUCGGCGCACAUCUCAUUACAAAGCAGGGCCUCCCUAGAGGACAGGUGUUUUAUAAAUGUGCCAAGUGUGGCAGAUAUUUCAACCAACAUUCAGACUUUCGCCAGCAUCAGAGAAUUCACACUGAUGAGAAGCCCUACAAAUGCAAAGAAUGUGGGAAAGCCUUCAGAUACAACUCAAAACUCUCACGGCACCAGAAAAUCCACACUGGGGAGAAACCCUACUCAUGUCAGGAAUGUGGACAAGCCUUCAGUCAAAAUUCCCACCUCCUUCAGCAUCAGAAACUCCAUGGUGGAGAGAAGCCCUAUGAAUGUAAAGACUGUGGGAAAACCUUUAGCUACAACUCAAAACUUAUUCGGCAUCAGCGAAUCCACACUGGGGAGAAACCCUUUAAGUGUAAGGAAUGUGGGAAGGCUUUCAGGUGUAGCUAUGACUGCAUCAUCCAUGAGCGAAUUCAUACUGGGGAGAAGCCCUAUGAAUGUAAGGAAUGUGGGAAAAGUUUCAGUUCAAAUUCAGUCCUGAUUCAGCAUCAGAGAAUCCACACUGGGGAGAAACCUUAUGAAUGUAAAGAGUGCGGCAAGACUUUUCGCCGGAGUUCAGUGUUUCUUCAGCACCAGAGGUUCCACACUGGGGAAAGACUCUAUAAAUGUAACGAAUGUUGGAAAACUUUCAGUUGUAGCUCACGCUUUAUCGUACAUCAGAGAAUCCACACUGGGGAGAAACCUUAUGAAUGCCAGGAGUGUGGGAAGGCGUUCAAUCAGAAAAUCACCCUGGUUCAGCAUCAGCGAGUUCACACGGGGGAGAAACCUUAUGAAUGUAAGGUGUGUGGGAAAGCCUUCAAAUGGAGCGCCAGUUUCAUUCAGCAUCAGAAGUUGCAUACUAGGAAGAAACCCGCCCACAGUACAGGGCCAUCCACAGUUAAGCCCCACUGCCCCUCAUCAGUCCCAUCCCCUCUGCCUCCUCAGCAUGCGUGCUCUGCCCCAGCCAUGCCAGGGUCUCCCUUGUCUUCUCCACAUGUAGUGCUACUUCCUCCCACCGUGCCUCUCUUCGUGCUACUCCCCUCAUCUGAAAUGGCCAGUUCUUCACCCGUCCAAUUAGUGCAUUUCUUUCAGGAUCUUGCUUCUCCUGAGAAGUCAUCCCCUUAUAGCCUGAACACUUUGUCUCACUCCCCGUGAGCUCCCUCAAGUUCUCAACUCCCAGUGCACCUGGAGUCAUCAGUUUCCACUCGCUCCUGAUCAUGUCUUUGUCUAUACACUUCUGGUCUUGUG